AGUCCUUUUGUGUUUUUUUAUACAAAAUAUGCCUACAAUCCACCCAUUUUCCCUGUUAGAACUUUCCGUGUAACCUCACGUGUAGACAGGCUCGAGUUAUUUAUUUACUUUUCUCUCUCUUUUUCUUUCUUUCUACAAACAUGCCUUCAAUCUUGCUGCCCAAUAAAGCACUUCAAAAAUCUCCUUUACAAGGCGAAUCUGUUCAAUCGGCUGUUCAACUUGCUUCUUCCAUCCAAUAUCACCAUGAUUCGAUCAAAUGUGACAACUGUGAUAAAAUAGCCAACUACUAUAUUCUGGGAUUUCAUUUGACCAAACAACAGCCUAUGAUUGUCUGCAAUGCGCUUUUAUUGACACUGGUUCAACAAACAUCUAAAUUUUUUCAACGCCAUCUAGAUAUGUCACGUACUCGCCGCUUGCCUUGGAUGUCUGUCUUGAUAAAUGAGAUGCGUGAAUUAGGAAAAAGAAUCAAAGACGAGAGUCUGGAAGUAGAUCGACUGGUCUUGUUGCCUAUCUCUGAUCAAGAGGAAGAGACAGAUAUUACCUCUUACUCAUUAAAUGAAGCCUAUGGUCGUGCUAUCCGUAUCACACUCUAUCAUUGUCGUGCUAGCCUGUAUGAAGAUGUGGACUUAUCAAAAUCGAUCAGUUAUUACCGCAAAUGUGUAUCCGUGCGUCCGAGCCAAUUCGAAUCUCAGAAACUUCAGCAUGCAGCUCGUGUUGCUCUUCAGCAUCUAAUUGCCGAUUACACACACGACCAACGCCCGAGACUACCCUCCAGAACAUCUUCUGUUUCGAGUGGAGCCUCUUCUUCUUCCAUGUCUUGUGGUAACUGCGGCAUAGAGAAAAGAGGCAUGCCUGUUUGUUCUCGAUGUAAAUCUCAAUCUUAUUGUAGCAUACGUUGUCUUAAAGCACACAAACCCAUUCAUGAGUGUCAAUUUGUUGUAUAAAUAUCUCCCUCUCCAUUAGAAUUGUGUA